AAAUAUGAUCCGCCGCGGUGGUGGUGGGUCAAACGGAGUACACCUCCUGAGCUCCCACGCGUACUACCUUAGCGGUGUCUCUGCGGUUAAACCAACGAGGUUUUUGGACGAACGGUAGACCACCUCCACUUCAGGGCAAAACGGAUACCAUUGCAGAUAAAAAUUUCAUAUUUCAGUAUGAAUGCAAUAGGUGUUGUUUGAAUGGAAGAAGGGUAUAUCAAAUCAAGUGGUGUUCGACCUAGCACGUCGAAACAGAAAGGCCUUGUCUCGCAAGUCCCAGUGAAUCUUGUUUGCUUGCUACUUUCCUAGCUGCUAGGGAGCUAUUGUAUGCUAGCUAAAACGUACAAGGAUUUGAACUCUAGCCAGCUCAAACUGAAAAUGCAGUUGCAUUGAAACACUUUUCUUAGCCAAAAAGUCUAUUUUAUAUUUUAACUUUUUCUAUAGAUGGCUAGUUGAUGUAAGUAGUUCGCUGCUAGUUCAUUUAUUUGGGUUCCACUGCCUAGUAAUAUUGAUUUGAAUGUGCAACCAGCCAACGUUAGCUAGCUGUCAUUUUCUCAGUAGCUAACUACAUUGCUUUAUUAUGCUUCUUUAGCUACCAUAGUUGUAAGCAUUAACGUGGAAGUAGCUAGUAGGAGGCUAAAGGAGCAUCCGCAGUCAAACAAGGAAGUACAUUAAUUUGGCUAACUAGCCCCUGUUUUUGUGCCAGACCAAUGAGAGGGUGACUCACUGGAGGCUGGUUUGAUUUGUACGUUACUAGAGCUGCAUUGGGCACGAGCAAAUUUUUUUUUUUUACCCUCAAACCAUUCUAGGUAAUUUGGCCACUUGUCUCGUAUCUCGACAGCUAAUCGAUAGGUAGGAUAGCUAGCUAGUCAGGCAGCUGACUCGAGGGCAAAAUGAUUCCAGACAAAGCACCAAAGGAGGACGUUUUUCAUGCAGGAGGAGCCUUGAAGAAGAAUGCUCAUGUUCCCAACUUUGAAAAUUACAAAGAACUCUACCUGAAAUCCAUUGAAAAUCCCGAUGAGUUCUGGGGUGACAUUGCAAAAGACUUCUACUGGAAGUCGAAGCACACGGGCCAGUUCUUGGACUACAACUUUGACGUGACGAAGGGGGAGAUCUACAUCAAGUGCAUGGAGGGGGCCACCACCAACAUCUGCUACAACGUCCUUGACCGCAACGUUCAUGAGCGGAAGCUUGGGGACAAAGUGGCGUUCUACUGGGAAGGGAAUGAGCCUGGCGACAUGAUGAAGGUGACCUACAGAGAGCUGCUCCAGCAGGUGUGCCAGUUUGCCAACGUGCUCAAGUCCCAGGAGGUGAAGAAGGGGGACCGUGUGUCAAUCUACAUGCCCAUGGUGGUGGAGCUGGUGGUGGCCAUGCUGGCCUGCGUCCGCAUCGGGGCUGUGCACUCAAUCGUGUUUGCAGGCUUUUCGGCAGAGUCGCUGUGCGAUAGGAUCCUGAACUCCCAGUGCUCGUUGCUGAUCACGGCCGAUGGGUUCUACAGAGGAGAUAAGCUGAUCAACCUGAAGGUGAUCGCUGACGACGCGCUGCAGAAAUGCAGGGACCGGAGUUUCCCAGUUCAGAGGUGUAUCAUGCUGAAACAUCUGUCCAAGGAGGUGGAAGCCAUUCCCCUGGUCUCCCAGUCCCCCCCUGCCAAGCGGCCCUGUCCUGACCUGCAGCAGGAGAAACAGAGAGACGGCGUCAAGAAAAUUCGUCCCGUUCCUCAGGUGCCGUGGAACCCAGAGGUGGAUCAGUGCUGGCACAGCUUGCUGAGCGGCGUGUCUGACGAGUGCGAGCCGGAGUGGUGUGACUCUGAGGACCCCCUUUUCAUCCUCUAUACCAGCGGCUCCACGGGGAAACCCAAGGGUGUUCUACACACCGUCAGUGGCUAUAUGCUCUACGUGGCCACCACCUUCAAGCUGGUGUUUGACUACCAGCCUGACGACGUGUACUGGUGUACGGCCGACAUCGGCUGGAUCACGGGCCACUCCUACAUCACCUAUGGACCCCUGGCCAACGGUGCCACCAGCGUCCUGUUCGAGGGUCUGCCCACCUACCCGGAUGUGAGCCGCAUGUGGGAGAUAGUGGACAAGUACCAAGUUACCAAGUUCUACACGGCGCCCACAGCCAUCCGCCUCCUCAUGAAGUAUGGCAGCGAGCCCGUCCAGAAGUACAAUCGGGAGUCUCUGAAGGUGCUGGGGACGGUGGGGGAGCCCAUCAAUCCAGAGGCGUGGCAGUGGUACUACAGCGUGGUCGGGGAAAAGAGGUGCCCUGUGGUCGACACCUUCUGGCAGACUGAGACCGGUGGCCACGUGUUGACUCCUCUUCCUGCUGCCACGCCCAUGAAGCCUGGCUCUGCUACCUUCCCUUUCUUUGGAGUUGUCCCAGCCAUUUUGAAUGAGUCUGGGGAGGAGCUGGAGGGACCAUGCGAGGGUUACCUAGUGUUCAAACAGCCCUGGCCAGGAGUCAUGAGGACGGUGUAUGGCAACCACCAGAGGUUUGAGACCACCUAUUUCCAGAAAUUCCCUGGAUACUACGUCACUGGUGAUGGUUGUCAUAGGGACAAGGAUGGUUACUACUGGAUCACAGGGAGGAUGGAUGACAUGUUGAAUGUCUCAGGCCAUCUGCUGAGCACGGCAGAGGUGGAGUCAGCCCUGGGAGAGCACGCGGCAGUGGCCGAGGCAGCAGUGGUGAGCCGGCUGCACCCUGUCAAGGGGGAGAGUCUCUACUGCUUUGUCACGCUCACCGAUGGAGUCGGGUUCAACCACACCCUGGAGGCCGAGCUCAAAAAACAAGUGAGAGAGAAGAUUGGUGCCAUUGCCACCCCCGACUUCAUACAGAAUGCCCCAAGCCUUCCAAAGACCAGAUCAGGUAAGAUCAUGCGGCGCGUGCUACGUAAGAUUGCCCGUAACGAGCGGGACCUGGGGGACUUGUCCACCCUAGCCGACUCCUCGGUCAUCGAGCAGCUCUUCCUGAACCGCUGCUGUGGCGCAGUGUGAGCUUCCACCUGCAGAGGGAGCCAGAGAGCCCUGCCAGGGCAAAGCUGGAAGGAAGGGGAGGAAGAGUUGCAGAAGGAGAUGCAUGCAUUGAACUGUAGAGCCAUCACUGUGGGGCUCAAGCCAAAACUGGGUUUGAGGAAUCACAUCCCUCUAGUUUGUCAGGAGUUUCAGUUCUCCCCAGUUAUAAAGUACAGUUGAUGUACUAUUAGAUUCAAAGUUUGCUUUUUUUCAUUUGAACUAUGUAGACUUUUGUCAUUUUGUUUAAUUUUCUUUGCAGGUUGACAUAGGAUCGCUAUGUGUGUUUGUGUCUGCAUGCUUGAAAUGUUUUAAGUUGUUGGUGUAUUUUCUACUCCCUCUGUAAUCUAGAGACAGAGGGAGUUUGUUAGUGUGUACAUCUCUUUUAGUCUGUGAGUGUGGGAUGAUUGUACUAGAAAGAAAAGGUCACAUUUUGAAAAAAACAACUGUUAUGGUGCCUACCUACUGGACGUCAGCCCCCGGUGCUGUGGUAGAACGUUGCUGUCAUUGAUGAACAAAUGUCAAGGGGGGGUACAUAUUUGGCAUAGAUGCAAGGGCCUGUUAUUGCCCUUUAUGUCAUAGGACCUCGCUUAUACAUGAUUGUAGCUCUAAUGAAGACUUGUUUAUUUCAAAGUGGGACCAACAUAAAAUGCAGGACCCGUUUAGAUUAUUAUUAAUUUAAAAAAAAUGUAAUAGCAGAACUGCCAUUGUGUUCAUGUGCCAACAUAACAUUGAAGCUGGAUGUUAUAAUCGUGUCGGUUACAUUUUUUAAAAUUUAUUUUGAAAUAACUUCUGGUAUUAGGGCCUGGGCAAAAAUGUUUUUACGUUUUGCAAUUUUAUCUUUUUGUUGCCCCUUUGUAUCAAAGCGACAUGCAAUAACUCAUUUUAAUUUGACUUGACUACUUCAUCUAGUUUUAGUGGUCGUUAUUUUGGAUGGAACCUGGGUUGCAUUCACUAGGCACUACUUUCUUUUGCAUACCCUGAUGAAUACAACCCUGUCCUGGGCAUGUUGGAGUGCUGUAAAUAAUUUUAUUAAUUCAUUUGCAUCUCUCAUCUCGCACCUCUUUGUGCAGUUUGUCUUGACCUUUCUUACAUUCUCCAGUAGAUGGUGCUAUAACAUGAUUUCUGAAAUCCUCAGGUUCCUCAACUCUACUACAUCUUUUCCCUGUAGUGUUCUUCUUCUAUAGCCAGUUUGAUCUGUCAGUCAGCAGACAGUUCAAUGGAUAUUAUAUGCACACAAUGAUAGACCUAUACUGUGUCCAGUUGUGUCCAAGUUCUGUAUCUGACUGAACAGGGCAUGAUGCAUAGCAUGGAUGUGAUGGAAUUGUUUAGUUAGAAGCAGAAUACUCUAGGAGACAUGAGUAUCACAGAAAUACUACUUUAAGCACGGCUGCCUGUCGAAACAAAUCCGUGGACGACUUAUCUUUCUUGUCGACAAUUUAGCAUUUUCUGCUAUAAUUGGCAUUAUUUUUCUUCCAAGGAUACAUUAUCAUAAGAUGAGUUAUAAAGUCCUUAAUCUUUCCUUUUUUUUUUUUUAGUAUGGCAUCCAUUUUUCAUAGUUUAAUCUUGGUCAGAAAAUAAAGUGUAUUAUUUAAAAGUGUGAAUGUAUUAUAGAAUACCGGUAUGCUGCUGCUGUAAAUGAAAUACUUCUGCAGAUUGUGUGUGUGUGUGUACAUGCGUCGUGGCCAGGUCGUCAUUGUAAAUGAGAAUAGUUUUCUCAGUUGACUCAUUUGGUUAAAUAAAGGUCAAAUAAAAAGCGUA